ACAAAACUAAUUUGUUUUAGACAAAACUGACAAAAAGUUUUAAAAUAAACCUAAUAACUUUCGUUAAUCUUUGAAGCCCAACUGCCAACAUCAUGUCUUUCGAAGGAAAAAUUGUCAUAGUGAGCGGUGCUGCAAGUGGAAUUGGAGCAGCUACAGCAUUGGAGUUUGCAAAACUAAAGGCUUCUCUCGUUCUUGUUGACCGAGACAAUAAAGGUUUGUUGGUAACGAAAUCCAAGUGCACUGACGCAGGCUCACCUGAUGUUUUAGAACUCGUUGUUGAAUUGAGAGACCUCGAGCAAGUUAAAGGAAUAGUGAAACAAACCAUUUCCCACUUUGGAAAAUUAAAUGUGUUGUGCAACGUUGCUGGGGUGCUUAAAAGCAGAAGUCUGGAAAAUGAAACACCUGAAAGAUAUUCGGAGCUAUUUGACAUCAAUACACGACAUGUGUUCUUCCUCACACAAGCUGCCAUGCCUUAUUUGGAAUCCAGUAAAGGUUGCAUCGUAAACGUUUCCAGCAUUAACUCAACUGGACAAUUUCCGCGAUCACUCGCUUACAGCAUGACAAAGUCAGCUAUUGACCAACUGACCAAGACAUUGGCUAUAGAGUACGCUCCCAGGGGCGUGAGAGUCAACGCAGUCAACCCAGGGGAGACAAGCACAAAUCUUCUUCUUAACAAUUACAACCAGGAUCCGAACAAAGUUAAGGAGCAUUACAACAAAUGCAACGACCAGCUACCAAUGAAAUCUGUGUGUAUGCCAGAGGAUAUUGCAAACGCUAUCGUAUUUUUGUCAUCUGUGAAAGCUCGCAUGAUUACUGGUCAAUGUUUAAAAGUAGAUGGUGCGGAAAGCAUGUGCAAUAACAAUUAAUAAAAACAUCAUCAAACUGUA